AUGUAUUCCGUUAAGGAGACAAAGAGCGCAGCCAAGGCGCAGAAAAAGACGCAAAAGGUUAACAGCAAAAAGCAGCAACAGCAGCAGCAGCAAAAGCAACAGCAGCCACCAUUGGCGAAUGGAAAUAAAGUCAACAAUAUAGUUCCAAAUAAUAAUAGCAAAAGUAGCACUCUGCCAAUAAACACGGCACAAAAAAUCAAGGAGCACUACGAGGCGGAGAAGAGGAACCAGGCGACCUUAAUAAUGGGAGCCAACACCUUACCAGGAUACGAGAACGUGCCCAAAAUGGAGCGAUCCAAUAGCUUCUCGAUACGCAACAAGCUCUCCAAGUUGAUAAACCAUCUGACGGGCAGCAAGGAGAACCUAUCCAGAACCGACGAAGACAGCGACCGGAUACCAUUCACUUUCACCCGGAGUCGCUCCAUGAUCCAGAUGAGGCGACCGAAUCGCCGGAGCUUUAUAGAACCUCAGUUGGAGCAGCUAUCCGAGGAGACGGAGAAAUCCGGGGAUCUCACUUCGCCAGCUUCACCGCGAAAAACUUCAGUGGCUGAUUUCGAAGUUGGUUCUCCAGUUUUACUGAGAAGAAGUGAACUCACAAGUUCGGUGAGAACUCCAAAGCGACGCCAAUCCGCCCAGCCCUUCACCUCGACUCCCUUGGAGGAGACCCAGUCGCAGGUUCAACGGAAGGGAUCGCUGAUGUCGCUGAACCAAACGGAACCCACGAAUCCCCAGUUGAACUUCCAGAAGCGGAGAUCCAAUACGCUGAUUGCCUCCUUCAAGAGCACCUUUUCGGGAUUGAAGAGCAGCAGUGGGGGAGCCGAGAAGAAGGAGAAGAUGAACCCCAAGUGGAGCGCCUCGCUGCAGUCGCUGCAGGCGAUCGACAAUAUGGUGAGCUAUGCCAACAUGUCCUUCAUCGACUACGACAAGUUCAAUGGCUACGAGAAGCAGCUGGAGCGGCAGCAAUCGCUGAUGAGUUUGGCGGAGCAACCACCUCCCACUGCCACCCAGUUGCCACUGCCACCGUCGGCCUUGACCCACUCCCAUUCCCACUCGCAUUCACCCUCGCCAAUGGGUGGUGCGGAUGCUCCUCGCACGCCCGUCCACCUGGGCUCAUCCCUGGAUGAGUCGGUCAGGACGGUGGUGAUGCGGCGCAAGCGGAGCAAGAACUCGCUGGAGGUCAGCAGGAGCAGGAGCAGCAUGGCCAGCCUGAACAGUGCCUACAACCUGGACACCGACUACGAGCACAAUCUGGAUCGGGUGCACAAUGUCUAUCGGGAGAGUUUGGACUCGCGUACUUUGGAGUUGUUGAAUCUGCGAUCGCGCAACUCGUUCAUCCAGGAUCAGGCGGUCCUGUUCGAUGCCCUCAAUCUGGAGGACGGAUCGGUGGCCAGGCGGUGUGCCUUGUGCUCGAAGAGGGUUUUCAGGAGCGGAAGUAUGCGACAGCGGGAACGGGACGCCGUGGACGGGCGAGGGAAUCCAAUCAAACAGUUUUAA